AUAAUAGUUUGGUUUAAAUUUCUGCGCCAUAUGCACAACGAUUGGCAUCAGUAUCUAAUGUUGUUUCGAAAAGAAUUGGGUUCCGAUGAGAUUUUUCGUUCCCAGGAAUUAUUAGAAAGACUUCCCACAUCGACGGACUUUGAAGAAUCCAUGGCAGCAAUUUAUAAAAUUCAAGUCGUUUACGAUUUGGAUGCCUUUAAUAUGACGCGGGGAAUAUUAAAUGGCAAAUCAUACAACGUUAAAAACUGGAGUGCAGAUGAGUGUCUUAUUAUGGGUCUAUUAAACCAAUUGCUAAAGCAUUUCGGCCAAUCGGAACAAUGGUUCCGACUAGCCUUGAUUUAUUUCAAAGGCCAUCCACGUCCCAAGGAACUGGACAUAAAAAUUUUUAAAUUGGCCAAUAUUUUAGAGUUAUUGGUUGAAGCAAAUAAGGAUCUUGGACGUUAUUCAAAAGCAAAGGAAUAUGCCAAUGAGGUUUUAACUUUGCAACCUAAUCAUAAUUACAUAAAAACUCAAUUACUUAAAUUAAGCCAUUUAGAUAAAAAGCAACCAGAAUUUACCAAGGAGAAUGAGAAGAUGUAUCAGCUCCAGAAAGCCAUUUGUACAAAGGAAUAUCCUAAAAUUUCAGUAAAACAAAAAUUAAAAUUGUCUCAAGCAAUAAAUCUGAGGUACUAUCCAAACUUUCUUACUAAAAAUGAAAUAGAAGCCCUGAAAAUGGUGUCCAGACCUGAAUUGAAACGCGAUGAAAACUUGUCUUGGAACUGCAGUUGCAAAAUCGCCGAACUCAGAAGUUCUACCCGUAAUAUAGUCAACAUUAUUAAUAAAAGAAUUAGGGAUACUAGUGGACUGGAUAAAAAAGGAAGUGAGGUCCUUGAAGUCAUCAAUUAUGGCAUAUCUGGAAACUACAAUCCUGAUGAUAGAGAAAUAUCUAAAAAGGACCAUAAAGCCAAUGUUUUAAUAUUUUUGAACAAUAUUGAACAAGGUGGAGAAACCAUUUUUCCCUCAUUAAAUAUUAAAUUUAAACCGAAGAUGGGAACAAUGCUGUUAUGGUUGAAUUCUGAAAAAAGAGUUUGGCAUCAUCAGUGUCCACUUCUCGUGGGAAAUAUGUGGUCUUGGUCAUUUGGCUGUCAUGCAAACAAUGCCGCAGUGUGGAGCACCAGGAGCAUCCUUUGGGCGGCGGAGAAGGGACCAAAACUUAAUUAA